CCACUCAAUUUCACUCUCUCUCCAAACGCACAUUUUUCCUCAUCAAACCACCCUUCCAACGUCCUUGGUUGAUAAAACCAAACUAUUACACCCACUCCUCUCAUAUCAAUCAUCUCACCCUCUUAGUUUCCCUCACGUGCUCGAUUUUAGUCAACUUUGUGUACUUCAAUUAGUAAAUGAUUACAUUAUUCACAGCGAACAAAGAUUGCCCUAUCACUAUAUUUACCCCGAAAAGAAAAUAAGCCUCUUGUUAUUGGCAUUGGCACGUUUAUCUCUGCCCCAAAAUCAAUAUUGGUUAACUGCAACGGAGAUGAACAUUACAUUGGAAUGUGAUUCCUGAUAUGUCUAUGUACUUGGGAGACAUCUGCAUUUUCAAAAGGCGGCCUUAUGCUAUCAAUAGAAUUGGUAAGACAAUUACUGUUGGACUGGAUGACUUGAAUGCUUGGUUAGUGGCUGAACCACCUGAAUCUGAUUCUGAACCUCUUCUUGGUGGUAACAAAAAAUUCUUAGUGGAGAGUGAGGGCAAGUUGUUGCUAGUGGUCAUUUAUGAGUUUUUAGGUUUUGCUAGUGGUGACAGUGUUUUUUGGAUUAAGGUGUUUAGGCUUGAUGAGAAGGCGCGUAAAUGGGUGAAAUUGACGAGUUUGGGGGAUAGGGUUUUGUUUUUGGGGAAUGGAUGUUUGUUUUCUGCCUCUGCUUCUGAGUUGUCUGUUACUAAAGGGAAUUGUGUCAUCUUUAUUGAUGAUGCCUUCCUCCACUUUAAUUGUAAAAACAUGCAAUAUGGGAACUGUGUUUUUGACUUGGAUCAACGCCAGCUUACGCCUUUGUCUGAUUGUCCGGAAUAUUUUAACUUGUUCUGGCCACCUACAGAGUGGAUCGGCGAAUGCUGCGUUCCUAAAUGAGUAUGUUAUCUUGCAUUAUUUUGCUUAGUUUCCGUUGUCAGAUUAGAUAAUCUUUUUCAACUGUACUUGCAGAAAUAGAAAAAUUGAAAUAUUAUAUGAAUAUAUGCAUUACAUCACCAUGCCUAGUUAUUAUUAUGAUUAUGUAGUUUCUAAACCAGAUGUAACAUUGAUGACCGUUUAUUAUCUUCUUUCCUUGUUGCUUUUGCAGAAUAUAUGUUUAGAAACAAAUCUGGGCCAAAUAUAUUACUUAGCUAAUUAUUAGGAAUCUUAAGUAUUUGGAUCAGGAAACAAGAUGCAAUUUGGAUCGGUGAUGAUUGAUGCAACCAGUCUCCCUGAGCAUAUUUUUGGAAAGUUAUAUAUAUUUGAUCAAAUCUUAACUGUCUAUUUUAUUUGAUCAAAGGCUCACAAUAGUUUCUAUAACAACUAAUCCUUUCUCUCGCGUUCAUGCCAAUCAUCUCUUGAUUUUUCUAUAUACUGAGAAUUGGCAUCUAAUUGGUAUUAAUUUAUUCUUUUUAAAAUAAUAUUAAUUUAUCCUUGAAAAUUCAAGAUUUCACCACAGAUUAAUGUAAUUUUCAAAAUUCUGAAGCAUGAGUGAUGCCUAACUGAUGGAAAAAGGAACGAAGAGGCUAUAAAGUGGCUGCUUAAGAAGAAAGGGGAAGCAUGAAAACAAGUCUAGAUAUCUCCAUUUGAUCUAGUGAUCCUCUAAGUUACUCUUUUAAUUUUUUAUUUGUUGGGACAUUACGAGCCUUAUGAUCGAUAUUUGGGCCUAUUAGUUGGGGUUAAUGUUCCGCAUGCAUACUUGGCUUGUGGAGGCAACAUUGGUCUUAAAUUGUAAGGCGGGGUCUGUACCAUUUCAAUAUUUGGGCCUCCCUGUUGGUGCAAAUCAGAGGAAGCGAAGUACUUGGAAACCGGUGGUGGAUGUAGUUAGGACAUGGCUGUCGUGCUGGAAAAAUAAGAAUCUAUCACAAAUUGUGCUCAUAAAAUCAGUUUCAUUCGCUCUUAUAGUUUAUUAUCUCUUUUUGUUCAAGACUCCUUCAAGUUGUAUGGGCAAUUGUGGGGUGCAGGAGUCAGUUUAAUAUUCAUUCUUUGAAUGUCCAUUGUUUUCGAAUGUAUGGUAUGAGACCUUAAGAUGGAUUGGUGUGUCUUUAGAGCAAUUUGGCAGCUUAGUAGGAAGGGUAAUCUAGGAGAAGGCAAGAGUCCUGUAAUUUGAUUGUAUUUGGAUAAUUAGGAAAGAAAUAAGUGGAACUUUAAGAACAAAGUCGGUGGUGUUUGAAUCGGUAACAUAAGCUGUGAAAAUAUUAGCGCGUAGUUGGUUGAGUGUGAAAUAAGGUUUCAAUUAAUCAACUAGUCAGUGGUGUGCAAAUCCAAGGCAAUGUACGAGGUCUGUUAUAGAGAGACAGACAAAUGAGAUGGGUUAGGAUAGGGAGGUUAUUAAGGAAAGGGGAAUUCUAAACUUGAAAGGAAACAAGGCUUUUGUCUUCUUGAUCUUGAAGACGGUGGUGGUGAAAAGGGUAAAUAGUUAUAAAAUGGGAGGAGAAUGAGAGAUAAAAGCUAGCAGAUUAUGGAAUGAGAAGCGGAAGAUGAGAGUGUCAGCUUAAAAUGUUGUUCCAUUCCGUUUAUUGAAGUUGAUCUUUAGUGUUUACCUCUAUUUUUUUGGCAUGUUAAUUGAAUUCAUUCUCAUAGUUUAUGAAGUUAAAGCAAAUCAAAAUAGUUUAGAAACUGGCCAAAUGGUAUCAGUGUCCCUUAAAAAUGUCCCUUGCUAUCUUUCAUUCUUUUGAAUUGAGAUUCAUAUGAGCAAUCAUAGACCUUGAGAGUCUAUG